CUAUUCCCCCCCCACACACUGAUACCAACGAUGGGGCACUAUUCCUCCCCCCCACUGACACCUACAAUGAAGCACUAUUCCUCCCCCCACUGACACUAAUGAUGGGGCACUAUUUCUCCCACUGACACAAAUGAUGGGGCACUAAUCCUCCCUCUGACACCAAUGAUGGGGCACGAUUCUUCCCACUGACACCAAUGAUGGGGCACUAUUCCCCCCACUGACACCAAUGAUGGGGCACGUUUUUGUCCACUGACACCAAUGAUGGGGCACAUUUCUUCCCACUGACACCAAUGAUGGGGCACUAUUCCUCCCACUGACACCAAUGAUGGGGCACGUUUCUUCCCACUGACACCAAUGAUGGGGCACAUUUCUUCCCUCUGACACCAAUGAUGGGGCACUAUUCCUCCCACUGACACCAAUGAUGGGGCACUAUUUCGCUCCAUAAGACACACUUGGGGGAAAUAUCUUAUUCCCACUGCCGUUGUAUGUCCGCAGUCUCUGGUCAUCUUCUGUACUGUGUCCGCAGUCUCUGGUCAUCUCCUGUACUAUGUCCGCAGUCUCUGGUCAUCUCCUGUACUGUGUCCGCAGUCUCUGGUCAUCUCCUGUACUGUGUCCGCAGUCUCUGGUCAUCUCCUGUACUGUGUCCGCAGUCUCUGGUCAUCUCCUGUACUGUGUCCGCAGUCUCUGGUCAUCUCCUGUACUGUCUGCAGUCUCUGGUCAUCUCCUGCACUGUGUCUGCAGUCUCUGGUCAUCUCCUGUACUGUGUCUGCAGUCUCUGGUCAUCUUCUGUACUAUGUCCGCAGUCUCUGGUCAUCUCCUGUACUGUGUCUGCAGUCUCUAGUCAUCUCCUGUACUAUGUCCGCAGUCUCUGGUCAUCUCCUGUACUGUGUCCGCAGUCUCUGGUCAUCUCCUGUACUGUGUCCGCAGUCUCUGGUCAUCUCCUGUACUAUGUCUGCAGUCUCUGGUCAUCUCAUGUACUGUGUCCGCAGUCUCUGGUCAUCUCCUGUACUGUGUCUGCAUUUGUUCAUGGUUUUUUUUUUUUAAACUAUAGUCCGACCCUCCAAUGG